AUGUAUUAUUUGUAUAUUAAUUCCUGGAAAAUAUUCAUUCUCUUCUUUCUUUCUUUCUUUCUUUCUUGCUUGAUUUCUUGCUUUCUUUUUGAUUCUAUGAACGUUCCCUCUUUCCUCUUUCUAUUUAAUUCCAAGAAUUUCUUUCUUUCUUUUCUAGUUGAUUCUAUGAACGUUCCUCUUUCCUCUUUCUAUUUAAUUCCACGAAUUUCUUUCUUUCUUUCUAUUGAUUCUAUGAACGUUCCCUCUUUCCUCUUUCUAUUUAAUUCCAUGAAUUUCUUUGUUUUUUUCUCAUCUAUUCCUCAUUAUAAUUUGUUCUUUAUGCCUCUUUUUGUUUCAUUCUUCUUAUUUGUCUGGAUCUUUCCUUCCUUCCUUCCUUCCUUCCUUCCUUCCUUCCUUCCUUCCUUCCUUCCUUCAUUCAUUCAUUCUUUCUUUCUUUCUUACUUUCUUUCUUUCUUUGUACGCUAUCCUUUAUUUCUUUUGUUGGUGUCUUUCUUUCUUUAUCAUCUCUUUGUUUGUUUGUUUGUUUCUAUCUAUCUAUCUAUCUAUCUAUCUAUCUAUCUAUCUCAGUCUGUCCAUAUCUAUCUAUUUAUACACCUUUUCAUAUUUAUCUUUCAUACGAUCUAUUUAUCAAUCUCAGUCUGUCCAUAUCUAUCUAACUAUCUAUCUAUUUAUCUAUAUCAUUUAUCCAUAUCUAUCUAUCUAUCUAUCUAUCUAUCUAUCUCAGUCUGUUCAUAUCUAUCUAUUUAUACCCCUUUUCAUAUCUAUCUUUCAAUCUAUCUGUUUAUCAAUCUCAGUCUGUCCAUAUCUAUCUAUCUAUCUAUCUAUCUAUCUAUCUAUCUAUCUAUCUAUCUAUCUAUCUAUCUCAGUCUGUUCAUAUAUAUCUAUUUAUACACCUUUUCAUAUCUAUCUUUCAAUCUAACUGUUUAUCAAUCUCAGUUUAUCCAUAUCUAUCUAUCUAGCUAUCUCAGUGUGUUCAUAUCUACUUCUCUCUCUGUUUAUAUCUAUUAUUCUAUAUCUAUCUAUCUAUCUAUCUAUCUAUCUAUCUAUCUAUCUAUCUAUCUAUCUAUCUAUCUCAGUUCGUUCAUAUCUAUCUAUCUAUCUAUCUAUCUAUCUAUCUAUCUAUCUAUCUAUCUAUCUAUCCCAGUUCGUUCAUAUCUAUCUAUCUAUCUAUCUAUCUAUCUAUCUAUCUAUCUAUCUAUCUAUCUAUCUAUCUAUCUAUCCCAGUUCGUUUCAUAUCUAUCUAUCUAUCUAUCUAUCUAUCUAUCUAUCUAUCUAUCUAUCUACGUUCAUGAUAAAUUAAUUCUAUUUGUUCCUCUUCAGUUUUAUUGCCUAAGUUCUUCUGAAUACGUUCAUACUGUCCCUUAUCAGAAAGAGUCCUACAAGCGUUCAUACUGUCCCUUAUCAGAAGGAGUCAUACAAGUGUUCAUACUGUCCCUUAUCAGAAGAAAGAGUCCUACAAGCGUUCAUACUGUCCCUUAUCAGAAAGUUCAUAGUCCUAUCAGAAGGUCCUACAAGUGUCCCUUAUCAGAAGGAGUUCAGCGUUCAUACUGUCCCUUAUCAGAAGGAGUCCUACAAGCGUUCAUACUGUCCCUUAUCAGAAAGAGUCCUACAAGCGUUCAUACUGUCCCUUAUCAGAAGAAGUCCUACAAGCAUUCAUACUGUCCCUUAUCAGAAAGAGUCCUACAAGCGUUCAUACUGUCCCUUAUCAGAAGGAGUCCUACAAGCGUUCAUACUGUCCCUUAUCAGAAAGAGUCCUACAAGCGUUCAUACUGUCCCUUAUCAGAAGGAGUCCUACAAGUGUUCAUACUGUCCCUUAUCAGAAGGAGUCCUACAAGCGUUCAUACUGUCCCUUAUCAGAAGGAGUCCUACAAGUGUUCAUACUGUCCCUUAUCAGAAGGAGUCCUACAAGCGUUCAUACGGUCCCUUAUGAGAAAGAGUCCUACAAGCGUUCAUACUGUCCCUUAUCAGAAGGAGUCCUACAAGCGUUCAUACUGUCCCUUAUCAGAAAGAGUCCUGAAAAGCGUUCAUACUGUCCCUUAUCAGAAAGAGGUCCUACAAGCGUUCAUACUGUCCCUUAUCAGAAAGAGUCCUACAAGCGUUCAUACUGUCCCUUAUCAGAAAGAGUCCUACAAGCGUUCAUACUGUCCCUUAUCAGAAGGAGUCCUACAAGCGUUCAUACUGUCGUUCUUAUCAGAAGGAGUCCUACAAGUGUUCAUACGGUCCCUUAUCAGAAAGAGUCCUACAAGCGUUCAUACUGUCCCUUAUGAGAAAGAGUCUACAAGGAGUCCCUAUCAGAAAGAGUCCUACAAGCGUUCAUACUGUCCCUUAUCCAAGCGUUCAUACUGUCCCUUAUCAGAAGGAGUCCUACAAGUGUUCAUACGGUCCCUUAUCAGAAGGAGUCCCUACAAGCGUUCAUACGAAGGAGUCCUACAAGCGUUCAUACUGUCCCUUAUCAGAAGGAGUCCUACAAGCGUUCAUACUGUCCCUUAUCAGAAAGACAAGCGUUCAUACUGUCCCUUAUCAGGAAGAGUCCUACAAGCGUUCAUACUGUCCCUUAUCAGAAAGAGUCCUACAAACGUUCAUACUGUCCCUUAUCAGAAAGAGUCCUACAAACGUUCAUACUGUCCCCUUAUCAGAAGGGAGUCCUACAAGCGUUCAACUGUUCAUAUCAGUCCCUUAUCAGAAGUGACUGUCCCUUAUCGGAAGUCCGUUCAUACGGUCCUUAUGAGAAGGAGUCCUACAAGCGUUCACACACUGUCCCUUAUCAGAAAGUGUUCAUACUGUCCCUUAUCAGAAGGAGUCCUACAAGCGUUCAUACUGUCCCUUAUCAGAAGGAGUCCUACAAGCGUUCAUACUGUCCCUUAUCAGAAAGAGUCCUACAAGCGUUCAUACUGUCCCUUAUCAGAAGGAGUCCUACAAGCGUUCAUACUGUCCCUUAUCAGAAAGAGUCCUACAAGCGUUCAUACUGUCCCUUAUCAGAAAGAGUCCUACAAGCGUUCAUACUGUCCCUUAUCAGAAAGAGUCCUACAAGCGUGUCCGCUAAACUCAUAUCUACUCCCCCCCCAAUUUCUUGAAUUAUAUCUCUUUCUUUCUCUUACUCUCUCCCUCCCUCUCUCUCUCUCUCUUUCUCUCUCUUUUGUGGCCGCUAAACUCAUAUCUCCUACUUCCCGCCUCCAUUUCUUGAAUUAUAUCUCUUUCUUUCAUUCUCUCUCUCUCUCUCUCUCUCUCUCUCUCUCUCUCUCUCUCUCUCUCUUCGGAAAAGCAUUACGCGCAGGCGCAUCACAUCAACGGAAGUUGUUCGCGACGAACGAGUCGACAAAUCACCUCGGGUUGCUCACGAAUAAGAAGUAUAGCCUUCAUGGCAAUAGCCAGUGCCGUUGUUGUUUCGUUUUCGUGACCAUUACAAUUUCUCUAUUUAUUUCAUUCUUCUUCUUCUUCUUCUUCUGA